CAGCUCUCAUAUAUGGGGAUGAACCUUAUCUUAAAAAUUGCACAUGUGGCCAAUAGACACAAAACCCAGAGGUUGCGUCGUCGUCUUUUCUCACUUUUGCUCUAACGGAACCAAUGUUGAAGCAUCAUCUCCAUCUCCCCGGAAGUAGAACUGAUGUGCUCUUCUCCUUCCUUCCGAAACCACCAUCUCCACAUUACUCAAUAAGCUAUUGGACUUCUGCCUUUGUAGCUUCGAGGACACUGCAGCCAAUUUUUACGACACUUUAUGAAGCUCUGAAAAUACGGGCUCCAACUCGACGAGGAGCUUUGAGCUCUGGUCAGUGUUCUGCGAGGCGGAGAUCGGUGAGAUAUGGGACCGAUGAUUAUGAAGACGGUGAAGAAGAAGAGUACAGGCACAACGAGGAGAUUGCCAUGUUGGAACUGUACAGUCAGUCCGCUAGAGGGGAAGCACUUAUUGUACAUGCUUCCGUGGAUGGAGAGGAUGUCGAAGUUCUAAUCUUCAAGUACUUGGUAAAUUUAGUAACGAGUGUUGAUUGUGGGGUGUAUGGAAAAUGGAAGCAGGGGUUUUCAUCAAGCUUGAGCUACGGGACAUCACCGGACCCAACAAGAAGCAUUCUCCCGGCGAGGGCAGAGAUAAAGUCCAUCGACCGGAUCAAGGGACCUUUCGAGCCGUCCAAAAUUGAGUACAUCGAAAAGGACCUUAAGUGGGAGUAUUUCAAGUCCAAUUUCCUCGCCAAUUGAGUCAACAUGUAAUAUUGUGAAUUUUGAUCCGAAAGAUGUGACAUUUGGGAAUUCCAUUUGCGUACUAUUUUUCA